AUGGCUUCAUUGGAGGUUAAAAAGAAGCGCAAAGCUGUAACUCGAGAUGUUGACUCAGGUCCAGCCAUUGUAUCUGGAGAUGAACCCGGGUUUGCUCAGCUCGAUGGCACACUUGCAAGCAGCGACGACUCAGAGAUUGGUGACAACGAUGAUAGUAUCUUCGACUUUGGGAGCACAGAGGAGUCUAGCGAGCCGGUAGAAGACUUGAGCGAUGAUGAUGGUGGGGGCAGUGCACGAAGCUCAGACGAUGGAUUGUCGAAAGGCUCAAUUGACCAAAAAGCCAAAAUUGCGCAACCUGUGGACAUAGAAGUCGAAACGACUGGGCUCAGUGGAGAAAUUCCUGACAAUGAAGAGGAAGACGAUAGGCCGAACUUUCGAGUGCAGAAGGAUGCAAAUGGCAACGACCGCUACAUAUAUGAUGAGAUCGACCCAGACGACAAUUCCGAACUGGAUGAGUUGGGACCCGAGGAGAACACGAUUGGCAAUAUACCCCUCUCGUUCUACGACCACUUCCCCCAUAUUGGCUACAAUAUCAAUGGGAAGAAGAUUAUGCGACCAGCAAAGGGUGCCGCGCUUGAUGCAUUGUUGGACAGUAUGGAGAUACCAAAAGGCUGGACAGGCCUAACAGAUCCAUCCACAGGAAAGCCAUUAGAAUUGAGUCAGGAAGAGCUGAAUUUGCUGAAGAAAGUCCAAAUGAAUGAGAUUCCAGAAGAUGGUUAUGAUCCCUACGAACCAACUGUGGAGUACUUCACAAGCAAGACUGAAAUCAUGCCCUUAAGCGCUGCUCCCGAGCCGAAGAGAAGAUUCGUUCCUUCAAAGCACGAAGCUAAGCGUGUUAUGAAGAUUGUCCGUGCUAUUCGAGAGGGUCGAAUACUGCCUUACAAAACACCAGAGGAAGGCAGAGAGGAUGACGCCGACGUUCAGAACUAUGACAUCUGGGCUAACGAGAAGGCGCGCCCAGAACAUAUUAUGCAUGUUCCAGCUCCAAAGCUACCACCCCCUGGAUUCGAUGAGAGCUAUCAUCCUCCACCAGAAUACCUGCCUGACAAGGGUGAGAAGAAGGCUUGGGAGGAUGCAGACAUAGAGGAUCGAGAGAAGGAAUAUCUGCCCACGGACCAUGACUCGCUCAGAAAAGUACCUGGGUAUGAGAACUUCGUCAAAGAGAAGUUCGAACGCUGUCUUGAUCUAUACCUUGCACCUCGUGUACGAAGAAGCAAGCUGAAUAUAGACCCGGAAUCUUUACUGCCCAAAUUGCCCAGCCCUGAAGAGCUGCGACCAUUUCCAACCACGUGUGGCAUCAUUUACCGAGGUCACAAAGGCCGAGUGAGGUCAUUGUCAGUCGAUCCAUCUGGUCUAUGGCUCGCCAGUGGUGGUGAUGAUGGCACCGUGCGUGUCUGGCAACUCGACACCGGUCGUCAGAUUUGGUCAGUUUCUUUGAGCAGUAACGAAGCUGUCAACGUUGUCAGAUGGCGUCCCGGCAAAGACGCUUUCAUCUUGGCUGUUGCCGUUGGAGACAAUGUUUACCUCUGCGUACCGCCUAUCUGUGAUCCAGACCUAGAAGCAGCCAGUCUUGAGGUCCUAGACGCUGGCUGGGGCUACUCGUCCUCGACCUCCACCACGAAGUUACUAAUCACGUGGACGCGUCCGUCGAACAAACUUUCCGACAAUGGCGUGCACGCUCUCAUCUCCCUCGGUCACACUGCGAAGACCCUCUCCUUCCACCGCCGAGGUGAUUACUUUGUCACCGUCUGUCCCGCCCCCAGCACUCCCUCGUCGUCGGCUAUAGCCAUCCACACCCUCUCCAAGCACCUGACCCAAUACCCCUUCCGACGACGCCUCAAAGGUGGCGGCCCACCCCAAACAGCACACUUCCACCCUUCCAAACCCAUCCUCUUCGUCGCCAACCAACGCAGCAUCCGCGCCUACGACCUCUCCCGCCAAUCCCUCCUCAAAAUCCUCCAACCCGGCGCCCGCUGGAUCAGCAGCUUCGACAUCCACCCCACCAGCUCCGCCAUCUCAGGAAGCGACAACCUGAUCGCCGGCUCGUACGAUCGCCGCCUGCUCUGGCACGAUCUCGACCUCUCGCCCCGCCCCUACAAGACGCUGCGCUAUCACCAGAAGGCUAUCCGGGCGGUGAAGUUCCAUCCCAGCGGACAGUAUCCGCUGUUUGCGGACGCGAGCGACGAUGGCACGGUGCAGGUUUUCCACGGAGAGGUGGUGGCCGAUAUGAUGAGCAAUGCGAGGAUUGUGCCGCUCAAGGUGUUGAAGGGACAUAAAGUGGUGGGUGAUCUGGGCGUGUUGGAUAUUGAUUGGCAUCCGGUUGAGCCGUGGAUUCUGUCGGCGGGCGGGGAUGGCACGUGUCGGUUGUGGAGAUGA